CCGCGGGACCGCGCCGCGACCGCCCGGGCCGGCCCCGAGAGCGUCCGCCGCCGCCGCCGCCGCCGCUGCGCGUGGAACAGGGGCCUCAAGUACAUUGUUGACAGGAAGAAGUGACAGAAGACAUCUGUCUGUCUUUUUCCAUAUUUUAAAGGGAAUGCUUCCAUUAUUUCAUCAAUCUGAGUUUCUGAACGGUGUCAUUUCCCUUCCACCUGAAGAACUUACUUUAGCAUUUCUUAUAGUGCAGAUGUGGGGACAUGUGGAUUUGGGAUUUGAAUUCAUUUGAAAACCACUUUGGGGGUAUGAACGUGAUUAAUGAAACUGGAUUGGAAUAAUUUUCAUGUUCUUUAUAUAUUUAUAUAUAUAUUUUUAAAUUUUGCAUUUGACUUUAAGUGCCAUGAGAAAAUUUGCAUAUUGCAAGGUGGUCCUAGCCACCUCCUUGAUUUGGGUACUCUUGGAUAUGUUCCUGCUGCUUUACUUCAGUGAAUGCAACAAAUGUGAUGAAAAAAAAGAAAGAGGACUUCCUGCUGGUGAUGUUCUAGAGCCAGUACAAAAGCCUCAUGAAGGUCCUGGAGAAAUGGGGAAACCAGUCAUCAUUCCUAAAGAGGAUCAAGAAAAGAUGAAAGAGAUGUUUAAAAUCAAUCAGUUCAAUUUAAUGGCGAGUGAGAUGAUUGCACUUAACAGAUCUUUACCAGAUGUUAGGUUAGAAGGGUGUAAAACAAAGGUGUAUCCAGAUAAUCUUCCAACAACAAGUGUGGUGAUUGUUUUCCACAAUGAGGCUUGGAGCACACUUCUGCGAACUGUCCAUAGUGUCAUUAAUCGCUCACCAAGACACAUGAUAGAAGAAAUUGUUCUAGUAGAUGAUGCCAGUGAAAGAGACUUUUUGAAAAGACCUCUAGAAAGUUACGUGAAAAAACUAAAAGUACCAGUUCAUGUAAUUCGAAUGGAACAACGUUCUGGAUUGAUCAGAGCUAGAUUAAAAGGAGCUGCUGUGUCUAAAGGUCAAGUGAUCACCUUCUUGGAUGCUCAUUGUGAGUGCACAGUGGGGUGGCUGGAGCCUCUCUUAGCCAGGAUCAAACAUGACAGAAGAACAGUGGUCUGUCCUAUCAUUGAUGUGAUCAGCGAUGAUACUUUUGAGUACAUGGCAGGCUCUGAUAUGACCUAUGGUGGAUUCAACUGGAAGCUCAAUUUUCGCUGGUAUCCUGUUCCCCAAAGAGAAAUGGACAGAAGGAAAGGUGAUCGGACACUUCCUGUCAGAACACCUACAAUGGCAGGAGGCCUUUUUUCAAUAGACAGAGAUUACUUUCAGGAAAUUGGAACAUAUGAUGCUGGAAUGGAUAUUUGGGGAGGAGAAAACCUAGAAAUUUCCUUCAGGAUUUGGCAAUGUGGAGGAACUUUGGAAAUAGUCACAUGCUCACAUGUUGGACAUGUGUUUCGGAAAGCCACACCUUACACUUUUCCAGGAGGCACAGGGCAGAUUAUCAAUAAAAAUAACAGACGACUUGCAGAAGUGUGGAUGGAUGAGUUCAAGAAUUUCUUCUAUAUAAUUUCUCCAGGUGUUACAAAAGUAGAUUAUGGAGAUAUAUCUUCGAGACUUGGUUUAAGACACAAACUACAAUGCAAACCUUUCUCUUGGUACCUAGAGAAUAUUUAUCCUGAUUCUCAAAUUCCACGUCACUAUUUCUCAUUGGGAGAGAUACGAAAUGUGGAAACAAAUCAGUGUCUAGAUAACAUGGCUAGAAAAGAGAAUGAAAAAGUUGGAAUUUUUAAUUGUCAUGGUAUGGGAGGUAAUCAGGUUUUCUCUUACACUGCCAACAAAGAAAUAAGAACAGAUGACCUUUGCUUGGACGUUUCUAAACUUAAUGGCCCAGUCAUAAUGCUCAAAUGUCACCACCUAAAAGGCAAUCAACUUUGGGAGUAUGAUCCAGUGAAAUUAACCCUGCAGCAUGUGAACAGUAAUCAGUGCCUGGAUAAAGCCACAGAAGAGGAUAGCCAGGUGCCCAGCAUUAGAGACUGCAAUGGAAGCCGGUCCCAGCAGUGGCUUCUUCGAAACGUCACCCUUCCAGAAAUAUUCUGAGACCAAAUUUACAAAAAGAAAAAAAUAAGAAUUGACUGGGCUACCUCAGCAAACACAUCUGCCACAUUCUUAAGUAGCAAAAAAGGAAAAGUGCUUUCCUCCUCUGCAGGAUGUAAGGUUUAUCAGCCAUUAAAACUUAGACUCCUUUAGCUUUUCACUAGCUGUAAACCAGCCUUCCUGUCCAAGGACGUGAAACUGCAUAGUAGUGAGACUGUGCACACUGAUGUUUACAAGAUUGAAAGAGUCUUUCAUCAAGCAUCUUGGUAAAGAAUAUUCAGACAAUGAAACAAUCAACAAGAUGUGCUUUCUGGAGAACUGCACCUUUUAUGGUUCACUUGCACAUCAGUAAUUUCUGCUGAAGUGCUGUCAUAAUGAAGAGAUACCCAAGAUUUUUUUUUCCUGAUUAGAACUGGUAGCCAGUAUAUUAAAUAUUGAUAUAAAAAUAAAUGGAAAAGGAACUGGAACAAGAUUCAGAAUCAUGAAAACAACAUUUUUACAACAAUAAAAUAAACUAUAUUAAACAGGGUUUAAAGGAAAUUAAAACAGAACUAUGAGAAAUACAAUUUGUUAUAGUAUAGUAUCAAAUUUCUAUAUAGAUUUUAUACCUCAGUGGGGAAAAAUAACUGAUUCCAAUGACAUUCAUUUUGUUUUCAUCUGUGAUAGUCAUGGAUGCUUUUAUUUUCCUUGGGGUGCUGAAAUUGAGCUAAAAAAAAAGGCUCUUUGAACAUAGUUUUAAUUUCUCUGUACAAUUUUUUUUAUUUGGUUUGUGGGUUGUUGGAAUUGUAAUUUUUAAUUACCUUCUAAAAAAUAGAGAUUUAACAUAAUGUCUGGUCUCAACUGAACAAGUUAGAUAUCUCAGUUGCUCUUGGGUCAACUGACUUACAGACUUUCUCAGAUAGGCGCGUGUGCACAAACACACAAAUUUCUUAUUACAUUUUCAACUUCUUAACUUGAUUCAACUGAUUAUCCUUAAUACCCAAGAUUCAUACUACUGUACAACAGAUUUGUUUUCACAGCAAUAAGUUUUCAGUUCUUUGCUUAUGAUUCCAGUUAACAAAAGGCCUGCAGAAGUGGUUUAUUAGUUGGGUAUUUGGAGAUAAUAUAGUUGAUGGUUUUUUGGAAAAACUUUUUCACUUCAUAUUCAUAUGUGCUUCAUUGUCAAGUGCAUAUUUAGAUUACAUUCUUGAAUUGUAAUGUUGAUCUGCUGCUUUUUUAAAAAUAAAAUUUGACUGAAAAUUAUUUAAUUGGCAUUUUUAAUGAGUUAGCCAAAGAAGUGCAGCUCUUAUUCCAUAUUACUAGUCCUGCAUUUCUUCCCUAAAUUCCAUUUAGAUUAAACUGGUUUUAUUUUUCUCUGAUAUUUAAUACCACAAAAUCACCUGAGUAUCAAUUAGAAGUCGAUAAUAAAUUAAAAGUUAACCUUUUAAUCUCAUAGAAAGAAAAUCUCGUUGUGACAUUUUUCCUAAUAUGUAAAGCAAUUCAUUGGCAAAAUGCAUAUAUUUUUCUUCCUAUUUGUAAGAUUAUAUUUGAUGUUAUUCUUUUCUUUGAUUAUCAGAGACUCACUGCAGGCAGUGCUAUUUCUUGUGCCUAAGAAUGUUUCUGAAAGUUGCAUCACUAGUGAUACUUGCCAAGUUGAGUGUAUACACGAAGUUUCUCAUAUUCUAUUCAAGUUAAUCAACAUCAAGCACAUGUGGAUGCUUUAGGGUGAGGCUAUAGUACAGAAGGCAUGAACUAUGUCCCUAGGAAAUUUGAAGUGAAGCAGGUGCUGGAUGGAAUUUUUUUUCCUACUCCAUGAGCUGUGUUAAUUCUAUCUUCAGUAGGCCUAAUGCUUGAAUAAACCAGAUGUCUAAUCAAUAAAUUAUUUUCAUGCUGAGAA